CAGCUGAGUGUGUGUAUGAGUAAGCCUGGAGGUCUUAAUGAUGUCAGUGCAGUUGUGUGUCCGUGCUCGGCCUGUGUGUGUUUAACGUCCGUGUAUACCCUUAACAACUCCUCAAACUAACGAAAAAGCUCAAGUAUGUCUCCCUAAGUGAUGUCAGCACUCUCCCCACCUAGAAACAUAUUUGUUUAAAGAACCAGAAGAUCCUUCUCUCCCAUCUGUAAGGUAAAGCUACACCCAGGAGGAUCUUGACUUAAAGACUAAAAAUAUAUUAAAGGACUAAAAGCAAAUAUUAAACUCAACUCAUAUCAUUUUGUUUUGUUGAGUUUGCAAACCCUCCUUAAUGAACCUUGAUAUGAAUGAAAUAACUUCCUGGAUUCUUUGCUGGUUACUUUUUAACACUUCCUGCCAGGAAAUGGUCUACCUUAUAAGUAUUCAAAAAGGUGAUUAAUGAGGACAGUAAUGAGAUUUGGGGUACUGAUAAGCAACAUUUGUUUGAUUUAUUUAUUUAUUUUAAAGAUAGGUUAGCUAAUUGCUAAGUGACUGCUGGCUGUAGCUUUGUAUUAACCAGUAGAUGCAGGAGUGCUGGAUCAAAGAAAGUACAUUACACAUGUAUCCCCAAAUUUUUAGACUAUUACUGGUGUGAUAUUUAACACUCUAUUGCUUAGGAUCAUAGACACAAUUCAAUUUUUUCAGUAUUGUCAUUGCUUUUCUUUUUCCAGACAUCUCUCCUGCCGAACUGGAUGCUCUGUGGAGGGAACCGCCAUAUACUCUCGGUGGAGCUAAUGAACACUUCCCAGGAAAUGACAUCAUGACUCAAGGUGCGGGUGAAGAGGAGGAUGUUGCUAUAGUAAUAUCAGGUGAAGGUACGGUGGAGCCUGACAGUUACUGGAAGAAGAGGAAGGAGGCCUUCCUUAGAGGGAGUACCGUGUCACUGGGAGACAAAUUCUCUUCAGAAAUCGUGCUGCUGUUCACCGGACGACGGCGUUCCAGUGCAGAUUCUGACCGGACCCUCCAGGAGGCGCUACGCACACGACUCCGAGUGGUGGAGAGCAACAGCCAGGACGUCAUACAGCUCUUCAAAGACUUGUCUGCACGUCUGGUCUCUGUCCAUGCUGAGAAGGAUAGCUUUGUACUCACAUUCAAAACUGUAGAGGAAAUCUGGAAGUUUUCAACAUACCUUGCACUAGGCUAUGUGGCUCGUUGCUUGGAAAACUUCCUCUGCGAUCCGUCAUUCUGGCUGGACCCAGAGCUGCUCAGUGACUUGCAGAUCAGUGUGACGGUGGAUGAGGAACAUCUGGCCACACUGUACCUUGGACUUUUACUCCAGGAAGGAUCCUGCUUUGCUAAGGCGCUGUUCACCAGAGCCGACAAUGACGAGGAUGAGGAGCAGCUGUCGUUCCAAAAGAAUGACCUCUUGGUGGUGAGGGACACGGGGCAGGACGACAUGUGGGAGGGCACCUUGCUCACCACAGGAAACCACGGCAUGGUGCCAGUCACCGCCAUGCAGCCCCUGCCCUACCCGUUCUAUCAGUGGUUCCUGAAGAAGUACCCAGUCUAUGCUGGAUGCUCACAAACAGAAAGGGAACCAUUUGAGCAUCCUAUCGUGACUGGCUCCUGUGUGGCAGUAGCUGACUACAGCCCAGUGGGACCAGAUGAGCUCCCGCUCAGCCAAGGUGACGUUGUGGAGAUCCAGGGUCUGCUGCUCCGAAGCCUGGGUGUUUUCAUAGGACGACACACUUCAACUGGAUGCUGCGGCUUUGUUCAAAUAGCUCACGUCAAGCCUCUCAAUACUGCACCCUUAAAUGGACAAUUGGUCUUUCUAACCGAGGAGGAGAAAGCCAGCCUGGCUCAGGUUAACCCUUGCAGUUCUGAGCUGAGCGACAGCGGCCUGCUGGAAAGGCUUUUCUCGACUGACAUCAGCUCCGUUUACAGGCUAGAUAGGCUGGAUGAAACCGACUUCAUGUACAUUAGGAGUCGGCCAAAACAUGAUCUUAAAGGCCUUACGAGCGCUCGUCAAAGCGUCAUGUCAGAGAGAAGUGGAGUCACACCCACCCACCAGUCGUCCCCUCGCCAAUCGCUCUCUCGCUCCUCUCCUCAUCUGUCCCUCUGUCACUCUCUCAACCCUCUGCCACGAGAGGGAGAGCGCCUAUCCUUCACCCUGGAUGACACAUUCAGAGAACUGGAUGAGUUCCAGGAAGAUCCUCCUCUCUUCUUGGAAGAGAACAGCUGGGAUGGGGAGGAGUCAGAGAGCAGUGACCCUACACUGACUCUACUCAACCAGGAACACUUCCAGGAUGCUUUCUUGCCCCUGUAUGACCUGCAGUACUCCUUCCUGUGGGUGACCUUCAGCGGCAAGACUGAGGACGAGCUGUCAGGUCACCUUGAGAGUGUCAGAGAGUGUGCCAAGAGAAUGGGAAUGCACUGGGCGCAUCGGCGAGCAUGCUUUCUCCUGGGGAGACUAUGUGCCAGGAAGCUAAAGUUCUCACAGGCACGUGUAUACUACGAGGAAGCUCUGAGCGUCAGUGUCGACAGCUUCUCUGAUGUUCAGCUCCUCGUUGCCCUCUUCACAAACCUCACUGCUAUUUACCUGAAGCAACGCAUGACUGACAAGCUGCCCCAGACUCUGGAGAAGGCCAGCGCCCUGCUCCUAUGCCUCCCCUGUCGUUCCUUCACAUCGACCGAUGAAGUCGAACUGCUCAAGGUGCUCCUGAGGAGAUCGGUGGUGAUGGUGGACAAGCACCUGGAGGCUCGUAUCUGCUACCUCAUGUCCACCCUCUUCCUGCUACUCAAGAAGAGCGAUGACGCUCUUCCUUUUGUCGAGCGGCUCCAGUUUCUUUCGCUGACUCUGUCUGCCGCCGACGGGCAACCGAUAGCUCCUUUGGAUCUCAACUGGCUCCUCAGCUGGCUCUAUCACUGCAAAUACAUGCCUUACUUAGCGCUUGCCUCGCUGAGCCUGGAUUCAAGACAGGACCACUCUCUCCACAAUGUCUUUCAGAGGAUUGAGUUAUUUAUCAGGAACUCUGUUCGUUUGAACCCCUGCUGGAAGGAAGGAACCUCACUGCUCCCUGCUCAGAUCGUAGUUUACCUGCAGCAGACUCUGGCAAUAGCCGAGCGCGGGGAUGACAUGAAGAUCCAAAGGGACCUGUGUUUGGGCUUGGCCUCAGUUUACCAGCAGUACGGCGCUCUUGAUAAAGCGCUGCACUGUGCUCAACGAGCCGUGGAGAAAGGAGGCCACAUCAAUGAGGAGGAGGGAUUUGAGGCAUCUGUGUUGCUUGGGUGGUUGCUGGUGUUGACAGGCCAGGCUGAGAAGGCCCAGAGUGUUCUACAACCACUGCUCACAUCACUACAGGGAACAGACAGUCCCACUCAGCGAGGUGUGAUCCAUAACCUGCUGGCUUUGUGUCUGCGGCGUCAGGGUCGCAUCCCAGAGGCAGGAUGGCACCUCCACUCUGCCUUGGUAAUCUCCAGAGAAAAUGGAAACCAAAGGAAUCAGGCCCUGGCACUGGCCAACCUGGGGUGUCUGGCGCUGGACGCGGGGGCGUCUUUGAUUGCAGAACGCUUCCUGGUCAGAUCCCUGUGCCUUUUUUGGGAUCUCUGGGAAAGCCCGACAGAUGAGGAGCACGUUCAAACCUACCUGUGGCUGGGGCGUAGCUACAAAGACAGGGGGCGGAGUCAGGACAUCAGGGCAUGCUAUGAAAUUGGGUUACUAAUUGCACUACAUGCCAAAAACUUGCACAGUCAGAUGGUGGUGGCCAAGGUGCUGAGCCGACUGUAUGCUGACAUGCUGCUUUAUGGUCAGAGCAUUGUCUACUAUGAGCACUGUGUGUCAGUGUCCAGAGAACUGAAGGAUAAGAGACUGGAGGGGGAGUAUCUGGAAAAGCUCAGUAGCCUCUACCUCACACUCAACGAUGAGAGGUCAUCUCGUAAAUCUCUCGACUACACCAAGCAAAGCUUGAGAAUUUCUAUCGAUCUUGGAAAGAAAGAGGAGGAGUCUGAGACCUGGCUACAGGUCGGACGCAUUUAUUAUCUCGUUUAUGAGGAUGAGUUGGCUGACAUGUAUUUACAGGCAGCAGUAAAGACAGCCUUAAGGAUGAAUGACCCUCACUUUGCCAUGAGCAUCUAUGAGGAGGCAGGAGAUGUUUACUUUAAAGGUCACAGGAACCGGAUGGCUUCACUGCCAUUCUACAGGGAUGGGAGUCUGCCGUUUGCGAGGAGCAUCGAUGACAUCCACUCAGAGUUUCGAUUGUUAAGUAAACUCACAGACCUGCUGAUGAAUGAAAAGGAGCACGAGGAGGCUCUGCAGUACGCAACACUGGCUGUCCAGGUCGCCAGCAAAACAGGAGUGAGUGUGAAUGAGAGGAGUGCUUACCAUCGAUUAGCUACAAUUUACUACAGUCUGGAGCAGUAUGAGAUGGCAGAAAACUACUACCUGAAGUCGCUGUCACUGAGUCCGUCUGUCCUACAGCACCCCAUGGAGGCUCGCUACUACACCAAGGUCUACUGCAGGCUGGGAAACUUCACUCUACACAAACUCAAGGAUGCUUUUGAUGCAGUGGGCUACUUCCAGCUGGCUCUGGCAGCAGCACUUGAGGACCAAGCUAACCCUGAGGCUCUGUAUGUGGUGUACAUGAAGCUGGCCGAGAUCCAUGGCAACCACAUGCCCGAUGCUCAGCUGUGCCAAGUUUACAGAGACAGAGCGCAGAGUCUGAAGAGAGUUUUGGCUGGAUUGGAAGGCGCUGCUGUUGGACAGGAAAACAAAGACGAUGCAGAUAGAGAGGCUGUCCAAAAUAUGGAAAGGAACUUGGAUGCUGACGUGGGAUAUACAGAAAAUUUGGUUAAGUCGAGCUCCUCUUUUUAUUCUAUACCUGAAAGUGUGACGAAUGAAGAUGACUUGGCUCCAAGAACUCGUAGGAUGCACGUGAAAUCAGACAACAGAUGCACAGACGCUAAUCUUAGUUUAGGUGCUAAUGGGAAAACCCACCAUAACUAUCUUCCUGACUCAGUGGAUGUGUCUGGCUCUGAGACAGAUACCAUCGCCAGUCAGUCGUACAGUGAGAGCAUUUUCACGGAGUCCUUCGAUACAGCCAAGGAGGACAUGUCAGACUGCAGCAGCUCUACUGACACUCUACAAACUCAACUGAAGCCACCUGAACAUAACAUUCCCACUCAAAUACCUGUUAAUCGCACAAGUGAUGUCACAGGAGACGCACAGACCAAAGACGCUGAUUCUGAUACUCAGGAUGAGGAAAACACCCUCACUAAUGAGACUCCAGCUCAAACAGAGCCUGGUACUGACCAGCGUGUUGUUAUAAACAAUGAUGAAGCUCUAAGAGAGGACAAAGAGAGAAAUGGUUGUGAGACUGGUGGUGUUCACAGUUAACACGCUAACGGAGGCACAUAGUCUUUCUCCCUUUACGGAUCUUGCCGGCUUUUGCUUCAUCAGGUCACAUGUGUCUUGCCAGGGAAAAAGCCCCAGGGCACAAACCCAAUACUGUAAAUCUAUGAGACAAUUCGCUGAUUUAGAGCAUGUGCAUUCUGUCUUAUGCAAUCACAGGACACUGUGCUUGCAAUAUAUGUUUUGUACGUUUUUGUAUCUCUGGAAGAUAUGACACAAACAUAAAAAAAA